GCUGUACGUGUCACCGUUCAGUUUAGCCAUGCUGCUCUGGUUGAUCUGAUUCUGUUUCGGGGUGUAACAAUCAUGACGGGACAAUUCAGUCACUGAAACAUCACGAACAAAGCAGGAUAGGCAAUCACAUCAAUUCAUCUGUUAAAAGUUUUCAUUUGCACUCACCUGAAGACGCGCUGAACGUUGAGGCCGUGCCGAAGAUUAGAUGCAACAGAGACGGGACACUCAGCUGUGUUGCUGCAAGAGUGACAAAAUGGCAGAGGCAACGGCUCCCUUUGCUCAAAACACAUCAUCAGGGCUAAAUUCAAUCGCGUCUCUCAGAGAUUCGUUAACAGAUGGACUGGACCCUGUGGAGGAGCUAGCGUCCCUCUCCUUUCCCAUUCAACCCCCAUCUCUCUCUGCAGUGCAGGAGCUGGUGUACUGGCGCGAGCCCAAGAAGUCGGCCUCGGUGUUCGGCGGCUCUCUGUUCGUGCUCUUCGCCCUGGCCACGUGCAGCGCCAUCACCGUCGUGUCCUAUGUGCUCCUGGCCGUGCUCUGCGUCACCAUCACGUUCCGCGUGUACAAGUCGGUCAUACAGGCCAUACAGAAGUCUGAUGAAGGACACCCAUUCAAAAAUCUGAUGGCAAGGGACAUCACUAUUUCACCACAGAAGUUCCGGAGGCAUGUGGACUAUGCCUUGGCCCAUAUUAACCGGGGCAUUUUAGAGGCCAGGAGAUUGCUCCUGGUGGAGGAUGUGGUGGAUUCGCUAAAAUUGGCUGGUGUGAUGUGGCUGUUGACAUUUGUGGGAGCUGUCUUCAAUGGUAUCACUAUCUUAAUUCUAGCGGACAUCAUUUUCUUUAGUACACCUCUAGUGUACGAGAAAAAUAAAACACAAAUUGAUCGUUACAUUGAACUUGUUCGUUCUCAAAUUGAAAGCAAGCUGGCAAAGCUGCAAGAUAAACUCCCUGGAGCUGUGAAACGCAGCAAAGCAGAAUGAUCCCCUAAUUGCACCCCAAAGACCAGUGUUCUCUGCCAGACCCAAACGCCAUCUUUAGUCUGACUCUGAUAGGACCAAAAUGUUUUUUUUGUGUGUGUGUGUAAAUUCCUCCUCUGCUAUUGUUUGCAAGUGUUGCCAAGGCUGUUGUAAUGUUUUAUUUAAACCACAUCUUUGAUAAACCUUGUGAAUCAUCUACUCUUUGGGUUAAAUAAAUGUGUCACUUUAAGUCUA